GGGACCAGGGGUGUCCCCCCCUACACACACACGUUUGUGCAUGUGUGUGUGUGUGUUUGUGGAACAAGAGAGAGAGGAGAGAGAGAGAGAGAGAGAGAGAGAGAGAGAGAAAGAGAGAGAGAGAGAUACGAGGGUAAAACAGAUCGGACGCGCGGCGCUGGAGAGACAGACAGCCGCUUUUUUGGACACGUUUUGGAGACAGAAGCUGCAAAGAAAAAGCUUGCACACUGGAAAAAAAAAGAACAUAACUUACUUUGCAUCUCCACAGUCGGUUAUUUUUUUUUUUUUAAUCGUGUUAUUAAUAUUAUUUCGCGGGUUUUCUCUUCUCCUCCUCAAUCUGCUGCUGGACAAGUUCUGCCGCCGUAGAGGAGACGCACCUCCGGGAGUUUGACGCAAGACGACGACGUCUCGGUGACUUCUCGCUUCUUGCUGCUGGAUGGACAUGAUGAGCGCAUCUGAGGCCAAGCUGCGGUAGACGACAGGAGGAGGGCUCGAAAGCUUGCUGUCCUCUUUUUCCUCUAUCUCUCGCAGAGUGGACCCACUUUUGAAAAGAGCGUGUUUUUUUUUUCUAUCUGGGCCUAAGGCCGACUUGUUUAAAGGUCCUUUUUUUUUUUUUUUUUUUGCUUCCGGCAACAGCGAAGAGACCCAAGUCGUCCUCCUCUCUCUCAGCCCUCCACACUCUCUCACUUUUUUUUGGAAGCUGAACUUUUAAAGGAAAAUGGGGCAUUGAGAGGGUUUGGCAGAUCUCCCCACGCUAUAAUGGCUACUGACACCUACCUGGUGAACGACGAUCCUGCUAGAGGCCCAGGGAUGCCUGAAUGUUUCCUCGUAUCUGAUACAUAUAGGGAUGAAUUCCACCCCUUCAUCGAGGCCCUGCUGCCCCAUGUCCGCGCCUUCGCCUACACCUGGUUCAACCUGCAGGCCCGCAAGCGCAAAUACUUCAAGAAGCACGAGAAGCGCAUGUCCAAGGAGGAAGAACGCGCAGUGAAGGAUGAACUGCUGGGUGAGAAGCCAGAGAUCAAGCAGAAGUGGGCCUCGCGCCUGCUGGCCAAGCUCCGCAAGGACAUCCGGCCUGAGUUCCGUGAGGACUUUGUUCUCUCCAUCACGGGGAAAAAGCCCCCCUGCUGCGUGCUGUCCAAUCCCGACCAGAAGGGCAAGAUCCGUCGAAUCGACUGCCUGCGCCAGGCCGACAAGGUGUGGCGGCUGGACCUGGUGAUGGUCAUCCUGUUCAAGGGCAGCCCCCUGGAGAGCACGGACGGGGAACGGCUGGUCAAGUCACCGCAGUGCACCAACCCUGGCCUGUGCGUCCAGCCGCACCACAUCGGAGUGUCCGUCAAGGAGCUGGACCUCUACCUGGCCUACUUCGUCCACACGCCAGAAUCCGGACAAUCAGACAGCUCCAGCCAACAGGGGGACACAGACAUCAAACCACCGCCCAAUGGGCACCUGAGUUUCCAGGACUGCUUCGUCACCUCAGGGGUGUGGAAUGUGGCAGAGCUGGUCAGAGUGUCACAGACACCUGUAGCCACGGCGUCAGGUCCCAACUUCUCACUGGCUGACCUGGACAGCAGUCCCAGCUACUACAACAUCAACCCGGUGGCUCUGGGGCGACGCUCCCUCACCUCCCCUCCUUCCACCAGGUCUGAGGUGGAGUUGUACGCAAACCUUCCACGGAGCUCCACCAAGAGGAAGUCAUUAGACGACAGUGAGCUGGAGAGCCCCACAGAUGAUGUUUUCUACCCUGGACGCUCGCCUGCUGCCAGCUCCUCCCAGUCCAGUGCGUGGCCGAACGACAUGGAUGCAGGUACCCACCACCCUAUUCCACGCCACACCUGUCAUCCACUGAUGCAGCACCAUUUGGCGAGUGUGCAGGAGAGGAAGAUAAAACAUGAAAACGAUGGCGUGCAGUUUCCUUACCAUGGACUGUCCUCGCCUGGUUCACUUAAGAAGCCGGGGAAGUUUGAUUUCAACGCCCUGACUUCCCAGACGAGGUCCCCCCGCAUGGCGUUCACACACCACCCGCUGCCUGUGCUGGCAGGAGUGAGACCAGGGAGUCCCCGUGCCUCAGCCUCAGCCCUGCACUUCCCCUCCUCCUCUAUCAUCCAGCAGUCCAGCCCGUACUUCACCCACCCCACCAUACGCUACCAUCACCACCAGGACCCGCUUAAGGAGUUUGUGCAGUUUGUGUGCACCUCCGACGGCACAGGGCAGCCCAGCGCACAGCCUAAUGGAGGUGGCCAGAGCAAAAUGCCGGGCUCCUUCCUGCUGCCCCCGCCACCCCCGGUGGCACGCCCUGUGCCCCUCCCCAUGCCCGACUCUAAAAUCAUCAGCACGCCCACUGACGGCGGACUCAGCUCACCCGCAUCUCCGUCAUACUCCACGCCAGGCUCCACAGCUCCCAACCGGUUUGUCGGCAUCGGAACACGGGACAACUUUCUGAAUAUCCCCCAGCAGACUCAGUCCUGGUUCCUCUGACAAGGCCUCUCUGAACCGAGAGCUAAAAUUGUGUCAUGAAAAUUGGAAAUUUGAAAAACAAACACAUCACCGCUGAUUAAGAACAGACUGCUGACACUAAAAGGUCUUUCUCUCUAGCCAACACUAUUCAAAGUACUACUACAGAACUCCAAAAGAAAAAGAAAAAAAACCCACCACACCACCCCAAGAGGACUCCCAAUCCAACACAAUUUGAACAGGAACGUUCGUCCCCCUUUAUGCAGGAGGCUCCAAUGAGAUUGAGUGGACAGACUCAGAAUGCAAAGAAGAGGAAGAUGAGGAACUGUCUCACACACGCACCACGAAACGUCAGAAAAGGAAACACAAUAUGGCAACCUGACAAAUGACCAAUUAUACAUUUGUUUUCUUUUUUUUUUUAUGAUUUCUUUUUUUCAUUUUGUCUCCACAAUGAAACUCCAUGCAUUGGCUGGGAGAUCCAAAAAAAGAAAAAUAGUGGCAAAUGGUGAAAGAUUGCCACCCAAAUUUUGCACGCCUCCAUAUCUGUGUAUUUUCCCACCUGACCCCCACUACCACCGCUACCGCCCCCACCUGGAGCUCAGCGCUAGCCCAGGGUCCAGACCGUUAACCGCAGCCACAUGCCUGCGUGUCGCCACACUCUGCCGCUUCAUUCGCUCAGCCCUGAGCCUCUUUUCAUUUUCCGAUUGGCCAAUCAUGGUGACACCAUCAGAUGGUGUGACAUAUAUGCACUAAGUGGCUGGUCUUUGUUUACCUGUCAAAGUAUCAGGGCGUCCUGCUGUGGGAGAAGUGAUAGCCAUGAGGCGAGUGCGAGCGAGUGAACACACGACAGACAGUCAUAACACUAACUCUACAUGUGCUCUUUCGUCCCCUCACCUAUGCACUAUUAAUUUUUGAUAAGGGAUGAACAGUAUUGCACAUCGAUGGUCAGAUGAGCGAUAAGAGAAGUGAGUCGAGGCUGGCUGCCACUGCGGGGAUGUGGCUGUGCUAACAUCUAAAGUCUAGGCCCUGACACAUGCAACACACAUAUGCACGCUUGCAGACAGCACAACCACUCAUAAUAUCAUCUUGUUAUUCAUAGACAUGGAAUUUAAUUUACAGUAAUGCACACGCAGCAUCGGCUUCAUAUUAUUAGCUUUCAUUUUUUGUUUGUAGGUGUUGCGAUUUCUCUUUUUUUUUUUUUGACAGACUUGGUUUUGGUUUUUUGUCUCACUUGGAUUGUUUUAACCUUCUCUUGCAUGUCAUAACACUUUUUUUCUUCAGUAGUUUGCAGUAAGUAUCAUGCUCAGAUUUCAGCGAAACAGUAACAGCGGUUUCUCAAAUCUCUCACGUAUGGACAGCACAGUAACAACAGCAUCAUCACAUGCAUCCCUUGCAUUGCUUCACCCCGUAUCCCUUAGUCCAUUCAACCCAGAGGACUACGCACACACGCACACUGACGCACAUAUAUAAUGCACAUUAACACCAACCACCAACCGGACGUAACGUGAUAAAGGGAAGCCUUUAUAUUUGGUUCUCCAAACUGCCUUUGUUAAUGGUUUUUCAUUCACUUUAAGAUUUUUAAUUUGAGAUAUUUUUUUUUUCUAUGUAAAUGUUCACAUCGAGAUUCGGUAUUAUUUUCAUCGUGACACAAUCCAACGAAAGCCGACCUCACAAAAUAACUGGACUGCCUAGCUGUUGGUUCUAUUUUGCAGGGAUAGUAAACAGGGCUGUUCUCAGCCUCUCUAGUAACAUUAGCUCUAUGUACUAAAACCGUAUAUCAAGACUAUAACAAUAUAUGAAAGUGCCUCUGUAUUCCCUUCAUGCAAUUAGUAAUAAACUUGACUUCAGGUUCUCUUCCCACAUAUAAGCUAAAGCUACGGGGAAUGGUAGCGUUGGUGCAUGUGGAAACCAUUGGCCUAGGACAGAUCUGUAUAGAGGACUGCAAACCUUUUUUUUUGUAAAGACAGAGAGAGAGAGAUCUUAUACAUAUAUAUUUAUGAUAUAUGCUCCUUUUUAACUUUUACUACAUGAGCUGGUUGGCAGUCUAGUUAUUUUCUGAACUCUCCCCCCCCCUUCCCACCCCACCCCGCCCCCACACACAACCCCGUUUCAGUAACAUCACCUUACUGUUACCAGUACGAAUCAAACGACACACACGCCAUCGCCAUCUGCAGCGCAGCAUUAUAAUACCUAGAUGAACAUGUCAAAAAUCGACAGUAGGUUUGAAGAAAAAAAAAAGUGUUUGUUUUUUGAUGGAAAGUAUUAUUAUUGAAAAAUAUGUGUCGAUUGAGCCACGUGCAAUGCAUUGGGUAGAUCAUUGUGUUUGUCUGUUAGAGAUUUUUAAGAAAGCUAAGAGAAAAGAGAAAAAAAAUGUAUUUGUUUCAAGUCCGUACGCUCCGGGACUCUAAACUAGAGGGCCAUGAAAAAUCCUAGUCUUUGUAAGUUGGGGGUAUUUGUUUUUAUUUUCCUUUGUCUCUUUUUUUAAUGUUUUAUGUGUAAUCAGUUGUUUAUAAAAAUGUGGGAGGGCUGAAGGAAAAAAAAAUUCUACACAACUUGAGAAAAAAAGAGUUCUCUAUCAUCAGAUGAAAAACUGGUGCUUUAACACUAUAAAGUACAUUCAGACCUAUUGUAAAUGAAUGGUAAUGAACAAAAAUAACAGACCGUUUAGGAAACAGCAUUAUUCCUCUCUCUAUUUUUAUUCUUCUUCUAUUUGUAUAGAGUGGGGGGAGAGGUUCCUAUUCCUUAAGGUUGUGACACAAAAGGCAUUUUGGUUCAACCUUUAGAAAAAAAAAAAAAAAAAACCUAUACUGUCCAGAAACACUUUAGAUAACUUUAACCCGUGCACUGCCUGAAACUCACCAGCAAAAAAACAACUAAACAACCCUCCCAAUUUAACUCAUUCUUAUCUCACGCAUUGGCAUAAAUACACGACAAGUUCCUCCCUGUACGGCGGGAGAUGCUUCACAUCCAGUUUAUUCCCAUGACCAUGUUGACGUGUUUCUGAAUCUAGAGCAGGUUGUGUUGAGACCCACAUGCAAAGGAAAGAUUAAUAGGUUAGACCUUUUGUAUCCUGCACAGAUAACAGAAGCAAAAAAGGGCAACGACGACAAAAAAAAAAAAAUCAGGAAACAAUUUAAACCAUUUAUGAAACAGGCAGCAAGGUGAGCCUCUCCCCUGAUCCACCCCCUCCUCUGUAAAUGACUCUUAUAGUGCUUGUGCUGUAGUGUAUAGUUUCCCAGCAGUUAAAGGUUGUCCCUUAAAAGUGCCUUUUGUUCACAGACUCCAUUUUGUAAUCCAGAUCGCCCCCUUUUUUUUUUUUUUUCGAAAACAGCUCGAGGUAGCAGGUUGCCCCUGAGUGCCGCGAGGAGGCGAAAGGUCGUCGCCCGUUCAGCACUCAGGGACGACUUUCUUUUUCCUCCCGCCUUCGAAAUGAAUCCCCUCCAUUGUACCUCCCCUAUAUCCUCUCUUCCUUUUCAAAGCCGUAUAUAUAUAUAAUACAUAUAUAUAUAUAUAGUACAAAAGGAAACUGGUGUGAAUUAGUUCUUUACUUUUUAUUGAUAAAUGAUGACAAAAAAUUUGAAAAGGCAAAAAAACUUGUUCUCGUUCAGCUCUUGCUUUUUUCUUCCCCUCUGUCUCCACUGUCUGUUUUCUCUUAGACACUGGAGUAGUCUGUAACUGUGUGUCCGUCACUCUCUCUUCUCUCUCUCUCUCUCUCAUCUCUCUCUCUCUCUCUCUCUCUCUCUCUCUCUCUCCUGCCCUCUCCGCUGUUGGGAGGGUGAAAAAAAAAAUAUUGCCGAAAAACUUUUGUCUGAGCAGAAUGCAGUUAGCUCACAUGUUAUUCUUGUCUGUAUGCUUCACAUUGUAUUACCAUACCCAUCUUCUUCAGCUUCUCCAUUCAACAGCUAAUGUAAGUGAACAAAUUUACGCUGACGGGCUUUUGGGGGUGUCCUUGGGUGGGUUAGGAAAGGACGACAGGGGUUCAGGGGUAUCGGGUUGAAGAUGUUUAUGGAGAGAUCGACAGGGUCGAGAGGGCUGGAUGAACUGCUUUUGGGAUGUUGAAAAGGGGCUGCUUUAUAGGAUAAGAGUUUGCUCUUUUGUUUUAGCUAUUUAUUUUUGGCUUUGUUUUAUUCCCCCCCCCCCUGUUUUUAUUUCCUUUUUAAUUUGGAUUUCUUUUAAUAUUUGCUAUCAGGGUAUGCUGUCGUUUAGGCUCUCUUCGAGGGUUGCCUUCGGACUGUAAAUGAAAGCUACAAGCACCUUAUAACCGGACUUGUCCUGCACGAGGCUGAAAGAGGGGGGUUCCAUUUGUUCCAGGACAUAUCCACAUCCACACUCAAACCAAUCUUUUAAAGUGAAGUAUUAUUGCUCACAGCUCAGCAGUAUUAACCAUUUACAACACACCAACCAGAUAGAUAAAAGACCAGCAUGAACCUGAUCUCUCCGAUUUGUGAGGAUCCAGGGAAGUCCCUCCAUUGUUCUCCUCUGACCACCUCAUGCUGGACUGCUCCGUGUCUUUGUUCUGUUGUUUAUUUUUGUUCUUUAUCUUCUUAAGCGUGUAUGGUUAUUGGUGUAAUAGGCAGCACCCUAGGCCCCCCCCGACUCCCAGCUCCUCUACGCCUCUGUCUACGCCCUCAGUGCAGCACCACUUCUUUGUGAGAACACCCCCAGAGCUCUAGGUGAAAUGCAUGUGUUAAUUACAGUUUCUUUUCCAUAAGAAGAAAAACACAGUUUGAGAAGAGCAGCACCUGAUUGAAUAAAAAGGAUGUUCUUGACUGUA